GAGGAAGCUGGGUGGCGGCCAUCUUGGAUUUCUGAGGAGAGGCGGUAGCGGGCUGCGGAGAUCCGAGCGGAGGAGUCAGGCAGGCGGGCGGGGCUGGGGCAGCAAGAGACGGUGAAAGGAGACCGCAGUUCCCCGCCCGAGGCCCCUUCCGCGGCCGGCACCUGUGACCUUCCGCAGCCUGCUCUCCACGCCUCUUCCCGGGCGGCCAGUGCCGGGCUGUGAAGGCCCCGGCGCUGAAACCCGAGGCGAGGUAGAGGAGGAGCAGCAGCGCCCGCAGGAGUGCGAGGCUCUCGGGGCCCGGGAAAGUCUGGCGGGCGGACCCCGCAGCCUUCCCUCUCCUUGCCGGCCUGGCUCUGCCCUGCCCUGUAUCCCGUCGCCUCUGCUCGUGCAGCUCCUCCCUGACUGCCCAGUCCGGGAGCCGAGACGGACCUUAGAGACCCCCUCGCCCAACUCCGCCUCGUUCUCCCCUGCCCUGCCUUGGGCGCCGCUCUCCUCCCAGGACUUUCCCACGCCUGAAGCCUCCCCGCCCCUCCAGCUGCACCGGGGCGGGGAGGGGAAGGGGGUCGGUGUCCGGUCCCAGACUCGGGGGGGGUGGGGCAGCGAGAGCAGCAUGAAGCCCGGAACCUGCCCGGGGAAUCGUUCGGCCAAGCCUGGGAUCUAGACCACUGUGCGGGGGGAGGGAGAAGGAAGCCACCCUCCCCCAUGGUGCCCCUUCAGAACCACUACUGAGACUGUCCUGUGGCCACCGGACCGGCGAGGCUCGAUUCUCUCUCGUUGUCGUUGCUCGUUUUCCUGGCGUCCUUUUUUUUUUUUGUUUCUUUUUUCUUUUUUUCUUUUUUCUCUCCGUUGUGGGGGAAAAAAUUAAAAGUGAAUUAAAAUGUCCACUAGGACCCCUUUGCCAACGGUCAUUGAGCGAGACACUGAAAACCACACAUCUCAUGGAGAUGGACGUCAAGAAGUUACCUCUCGAACUGGGCGCUCUGGAGCUCGCUGUAGAAACUCAAUAGCUUCCUGUGCAGAUGAACAACCUCAUAUUGGAAACUACAGACUUCUGAAAACAAUUGGCAAGGGAAAUUUUGCAAAAGUGAAACUGGCAAGACAUAUCCUUACAGGAAGAGAAGUUGCAAUAAAAAUAAUUGAUAAGACUCAAUUAAAUCCAACAAGUCUACAGAAGCUCUUCAGAGAAGUAAGAAUAAUGAAGAUUUUAAACCAUCCAAACAUAGUUAAGUUAUUUGAAGUAAUUGAAACUGAAAAAACACUGUACUUAAUCAUGGAGUAUGCAAGUGGCGGUGAAGUGUUUGACUAUUUGGUUGCACAUGGAAGAAUGAAGGAAAAGGAAGCCAGAGCUAAGUUUAGACAGAUAGUAUCAGCAGUGCAGUACUGCCACCAAAAGCAUAUUGUUCACAGGGAUCUUAAAGCUGAAAAUCUUUUACUUGAUGCAGAUAUGAACAUUAAAAUAGCAGACUUUGGUUUUAGUAAUGAAUUUACUGUUGGAAAUAAACUGGACACAUUUUGUGGCAGUCCUCCAUAUGCAGCUCCGGAACUCUUCCAAGGAAAAAAAUACGAUGGACCUGAAGUGGAUGUUUGGAGUCUGGGUGUUAUUCUUUACACUCUUGUGAGUGGUUCUCUUCCUUUUGAUGGACAAAACCUAAAGGAACUGAGAGAGAGAGUAUUAAGAGGGAAAUACAGAAUUCCUUUCUACAUGUCCACGGAUUGUGAAAAUCUCCUCAAACGUUUCCUGGUGCUAAAUCCAACCAAAAGAGGCACACUAGAGCAAAUUAUGAAGGACAGGUGGAUCAAUGCAGGGCAUGAAGAAGAUGAACUUAAACCAUUUGUAGAACCAGAGCUAGACAUCUCAGACCAGAAAAGAAUAGAUAUUAUGGUGGGAAUGGGAUAUUCACAAGAAGAAAUUCAAGAAUCUCUUAGUAAAAUGAAAUAUGAUGAAAUCACAGCCACAUAUUUGUUGUUGGGCAGAAAAUCAUCAGAGCUGGAUGCUAGUGAUUCAAGUUCCAGCAGCAAUCUUUCUCUUGCUAAGGUUAGGCCAAGCAGUGAUCUUAAUAAUAGCACGGGACAAUCUCCUCACCACAAAGUCCAAAGAAGCAUUUCUUCAAGCCAGAAGCAAAGACGAUAUAGUGAUCAUGCUGGACCAUCCAUUCCUCCAGUUGUGGCAUAUCCCAAAAGGAGUCAGACCAGCACUACAGAUAAUGACCUCAAAGAAGAAGGAAUUCAGCCCAGGAAAUCCAGCAGUAGUGCUGUUGGAGGAAAGGGAUUAGCACCAGCUAGUCCCAUGCUGGGUAAUGCAAAUAAUCCAAAUAAGGCAGAUAUUCCUGAACGGAAGAAAAGUGCCACUAUUCCUAGUAAUAAUUCAACAUCUGGUGGGAUGACACGACGAAAUACUUAUGUUUGUAGUGAAAGGACUACUGCAGAUAGACAUUCAGUAAUUCAGAAUGGCAAAGAAAACAGCCUGACAGAAAUGUUCGCUUAUGCAGCUAGUCCUGCCUCAGUUUGUACCACAUCUUCUACCUGUAUUCGGCUGAGACAUCAGAAGUCGAUGUCCUUGUCAGCCUCUGGGCAGCCCAAGAUGAUGUUACAUCCAAUAGACAGUGAAGGAGAUAACUUCAAGGAUAUUACUGUUCCUGAUCAGAGAACUCCAGUUGCUUCAACACAUAGUAUCAGUAGUGCAACUACUCCUGAUAGAAUUCGCUUCCCAAGAGGAACUGUCAAUCGUAGCACUUUCCAUGGCCAGCCCCGAGAGCGACGAACAGCAACUUACAAUGGUCCACCAGCAUCACCCAGCUUGUCACAUGAGGCAACUCCACUUUCCCAAACAAGAAGUAGGGGUUCCUCUAAUCUUUUUAGCAAAUUAACAUCAAAACUCACAAGAAGAAACAUGUCAUUCAGGUUUAUCAAAAGGCUCCCAACUGAAUAUGAGAGGAACGGGAGAUAUGAGGGCUCCAGUCGCAACGUGUCAGCUGAGCAUAAAGAUGAAAACAAGGAGGCAAAGCCCCGUUCCCUGCGGUUUACCUGGAGUAUGAAAACCACCAGUUCCAUGGAUCCCAAUGACAUGAUGAGGGAAAUUCGAAAAGUCUUGGAUGCCAAUAAUUGUGACUAUGAACAAAGAGAGCGGUUCUUGCUCUUUUGUGUCCACGGAGAUGGACAUGCAGAAAAUCUUGUACAGUGGGAAAUGGAGGUGUGCAAACUGCCAAGACUGUCACUGAAUGGCGUCCGCUUCAAGCGGAUAUCAGGAACAUCCAUAGCUUUUAAAAACAUUGCUUCCAAAAUUGCCAAUGAGUUAAAGCUGUAACAAAGUAAUUAUGUUGUAAAUUAAAUACCAAUUUCAAGUGUUUUCCUGAACACUUGUGGAAAUGUAUAGAAUAAUAUUUAGGCAAUAACUUCUGCAUCUUCAGAAUCAUGGUAUUAAAAAAUAUAUAUAUAUGAAAAUGAGCUGCUCAGCCAGGAGAAAGAGUUGGACUUUUUUUUUCUAAGUGCACUGCAGCAUUAAAGUUGCCUAUUCUGUAAAAUAUUUAUCCCAUCAUUUUAUUUACAUUGUUCUAAGGUCUCUUAACAGUCUACAGAAUAUAUCCAUUUAAAUAUGCCUCCCAUUUGUGUGGCUGUGAGAGUGUAUAGUAUGUGUUUAUAGUAUAUAAGUUUAAAGUAUUAUAUAUGUAAACAAGUCCUUACAC